AGUCAGGGUCAUCUGACCGUCUCUCCCAGUACCACCAUGCUGGCCUCAGGGCUGCUUCUGGUGGCUUUGCUCACCUGCCUGACCACAAUGGUCUUGAUGUCUGUCUGGAGGCAGAGGAAGCUCUGGGAGAAGUUCCCUCCAGGACCCACCCCAUUGCCCUUCAUCGGGAACUACCUGCAACUGAACACUCAGCAGAUGUCUGAUUCCUUCAUGAAGAUCAGCGAGCGAUAUGGCCCAGUCUUCACGGUCCACCUGGGGCCCCGGCGCAUCGUGGUGCUGUGUGGACACGAGGCGGUGAAGGAGGCUCUGGUGGACCAGGCUGAGGAGUUCAGCGGCCGCGGCGAGCAGGCCAUCUUCAACUGGCUCUUCAAAGGCUAUGGCUUGGCAUUCAGCAACGGGGAGCGGGCCAAGCAGCUCCGGCGCUUCUCCAUCACCACGCUGCGGGACUUUGGAGUGGGCAAGCGCGGCAUUGAGGAGCGCAUCCAGGAGGAGGCGGGCUUCCUCAUCGAGGCCCUCCAGGGCACACGCGGUGCCUUCAUCGAUCCCACCUUCUUCCUGAGCCGAACAGUGUCCAAUGUCAUCAGCUCCAUUGUCUUCGGGGACCGCUUUGACUAUGAGGACAAAGAGUUCCUGUCACUGCUGCGUAUGAUACUGGGAAGCUUCCAGUUCACAGCUACCUCUGUGGGGCAGCUCUAUGAGAUGUUUUACUCAGUGAUGAAGCACCUGCCAGGGCCACAGCAACAGGCAUUUAAGGAGCUGCAGGGUCUGGAGGACUUCAUAGCCAAAAAGGUGGAGCAAAACCAACGCACCCUGGACCCCAACUCCCCGAGGGACUUCAUCGACUCCUUCCUCAUUCGCAUGCAGGAGGUACAGCUCAGCAGCCAGGGUGGACAGCUGCAAAGCCAGGCAGAGGGAAACCAGGCUGGGAUGGGGCGAGCAGAAGCCCCUUCAAAUCAUCCCCCUCAUAACAUCCUCACAAUCUCAAGAAUAAUAACCGUGGCUGCUCCAUCCACCAGCACUUGUCCAUGGGCAGGACCUGUGUGCGAACCAUAA